CGUUUAAAACCCGAGUCCGAUUUUUAUUAAUCCAUCUCGUUUCUUUGUUUCUCUCAGAACUCCCCCUUGCUACUGACAUCUCCAAACCUCUCCUUCCGCUCCACCAUACGCGAAUUUCUUCUCUCUAUCUAUUCAAACACCCGCCAAAAGGUUUUCCCAUCGGAUUCUUCACUCCCGAGGUUGAUUUCCGAGCGGAUUUUGUGUUUUAGGGGUUCGAUUUCUUGAUUUUCAGUGUUGGAUUUGUUAAUUCAUGGUGUAAAGGAGGAGUUUUGCUUGAUUUUUGGAGAUAUGGAUCUGGUUGGUGGUGGUGAGGCUGUGGAUCCAUCGAAGGUAGUAGGAUCGGAAGAGAAUUUGGUGUCAGUUGUUGGGGAAAAGAGGGUGGUGGCGGAUUGCGAUGAAACUGAGAAUUUCGGUGUGAAAAAGAAGAAAGCGAGAGUUGAUUAUGGCGGAGAUAUGAGGAGGGUUGCGGAACUUGUAUUGGUUUUGUCUGCUAUGGGGAAAAUGAGAGGUGGGAGAAAUCCUACUGAUGUUGAGAAAGAGUUGAUGGUUGAAGCCAAGGAAAAAUUGGUUGAGAUUUGUCAAUUCAUGUCUCCUCAGGAUGUUAUACCUAAAGAUGCAAUCAGGGUUGUUAUGGAAGAUCUUGGGCUUAAUAAGUCUGCAGAUCAAAGGCUAGGGUUUCGCCCUCCCAAAAUGUCCAUUGCUGAGAAAUAUGUGCUGGCAAAGAAGAAGAUGGAGGAGUCCCAGAAAUUAGUGGACCAAUCUGGAACAUUUUCGUCACCAAUGUUGAAAGCAGGAUACGGUACUAAGGCCGAUAUCAAUCGCACAAUGCAUACAUUGCAUACAGUUCACAAGUCUCCAGCACUUGGAGGCUAUCAAGCUGCUACAUCAGUUGUUCAUGUUCCAUCUGUAACUUCACCAGCAUCACUUAAUCAAUUGCAUGUCAAUGGAGUGCAGUCUGCCUCAGUUUCCAGGGGAUCAAUUGGCACUUCUUCUGGUCCUGUUUCUUCUUCCUCGCAUUUGCAUCGAAAUGGGCCGCCUAUCAGAUCAGAUGGAAGACCGAAUGGAUCAAUUUAUCCAUCCCACGUUCAAGCAAAUGCCUCCGGAAAUCACGCAACUUUUUCACCACAAUCUGUAGCAGUAAAUAAAGUGGGUCAGGGAAACAAGGGUCUAGAUCAUACCCGUAACGCUGAUGGAACUACUGAAGUAAGUACAUAUAAGGUAGCACUUCAAGUUACAAGAGAUCAAAACUCAAAACCUUCUGUCCAGACUGUACAUGGAAAUGUCAUUAUGCAUCAACCUUCUCAGGUCACAAACUAUCACCAACCUUCAUCAGUCUUCUCCAACCACAGUGACAUUGCCAAAAAUGUUCAAAAGCUUUUGCAUUCAAGGCCUCCCCAGCAUCCCAACUGGACCCCUCCCUCGACCGAUUACAUGAACAAGUCGUUAACUUGUCAAAUAUGCAAGGUUACAAUCAUUGAUGUAGAGAGCUUACUUGUUUGUGAUGCUUGCGAGCAUGGAGUCCACUUAAAAUGUCUGCAAUCAUUCAACCAAAAGGGCAUCCCUAAGGGUGAGUGGCACUGCCCCAAGUGCUUGAUAUCAAGCAAUGGGAAGCCGUUGCCCCCGAAGUAUGGCCGUGUUACAAGAAAUAAUCCUACGCAGAAGGUUUCCUCUAAUACAACUAAGACUCAGGCUCCUCCUGUGAAGGUGGAACGCCAAAAUGAAAAGGUUGAUCCACAGAAGAUAACGGCUAAUGGGAAUCCUGAUGGACAAAAUGUUACUCAUGUUGGUAGUACUGGUGGCACACAUCCUGUCUCAGCCUCUGACUCGCAGGCGUCUAAUGCAAGUGAGGAUAUUGGGACUAAGGUUUCAUCAUGCACCAAGAUGGAUGAAGAGCCUCUACCCGAGAUGAAGUCAGUGCCAAAAGAAGCCACAGGAGUUUGCAGUCCGGCUAAUUCUAACAAACCAAAAGACAGUUCCACUCAACAACAUCAAAAUAGCGACUCCUCCUCGUGUCAACAAGAGGCAUUAACUUUCGAGGUCAAGUCACUUCCAAACGUUCAGUCAGGUGUCUCUUGUCCUGAUAAACCAUCAAAUGCUAGUAUUGAUGUGUCUAAUCAGUCACAAGCCACCUGCAGCUCACAGGAUGCUGACAUAGCAGAGCAGCCAAGUAAAAUGGAAGUUUCUGCAAAUCCAGAUCACACCGUGAACACAUCUGAUUUGAUAGAGACGUUUAAAUGUAAUCCACGGUCUGAUGUCAGGCAGGAUGGUGGAGAUGUUGCUCAGAUAAUAUCUCUUGGAAGCUCGGAUGUCGGGAAUGGAGCUAAAAGUUGCCUUAGAUCAUCGUUGGAUGGAACACUUAGUGUUGAAUGGGUUGGUGACAUACUACAUGUUGUGGAUGAGAAGGCAUUCUACACUUCUUGCCUAAUUAACGGGAUAGUUUACAAGCUGCAGGAUCAUGCUCUUUUUCGUUCAAACAAUGAUAACUUAAGACCUUCAAAACUUCAGUCUCUAUGGGAGGAUACUAAAACUGGGUCAAAGUGGGCUGUCGUAAAUAGGUGUUACUUGCCUGAUGACUUACCAGACGUUGUCGGCCUACCAUGUACACCAGAAAUUAAUGAGGUAUAUGAAUCUAAUCAUGGUAGCACCGUGAGGGCAGGCCUAAUUCAGGGUCCAUGUGAAGUCCUUUCCCCAAACAAGUUUAAGAAAAUAUCUGAAAGAAGAAGUCAUAGUGAAACAGAUGAUGGGUCACAACCCAUUUUCUUAUGCAAAUGGUUUUACGAUGAAUCGAAAGGACUAUUCAGAGCUGUCACCGAUUUAAUAUGAGCUAUACCUUGUAAAUGCAGUUCCAGAUCCACGAAGAUUUAUCUUUAUUAUUGGCUUGUAAAAACCCUGUUUUCAAGUAUUUGUCUUUUAAGAUUUUAGUACACAAAUUGUCUGGAUUACUCACAAUUCUCCAAGCUAUUUUACUAACCAUAGCCCGAUUUACCUUA